GAUCGGCCUGGCAGGCACGAGUAGGCUCCCAGCCCUGGAUCCCGGUGAUCCGCUCAGAGCGGGAUAAACUUGGGAUGUGGAUUCAUAAGGUGUGGAUCUAUACCGGGAUGUGGGAUUUGGGUGCUGCCACCUUAGAGCUGCGUUGCCAGGAGAGUGUCAGGUCGUCUCCUGGCUCUGGAGAUCCCUGCUGGAUCCCUGCUGAUGCUCAGCCAGUGGGUGAUGGUGCUGGCAGCAGCAUCACAGGGGGAUCUGGAGAGUGCUAAGGAUCUCCUGGCUGGAUCCCACUGCGACCUGGUGGGAUCCACUCGGGAUUUACCCCAGGGAGACCCACGGAGUGGCUGGCAGUCCCACCACAGCCCUGCCUGGAGGCGCUGCUCCAGGUCCCCAAACCCACCUCCCCAUCCCACCGAGGUCCCGGGGAUCCCUGCGGAAUCCUCUGCUCGGGGAUCCCCGCUGCCCAUUGCGUCUCUCCCGCAGGCUCCGCUGGGAUCCGAGGGCUGGCUGGGGGAGCCGCCGUCGCGCCAGGACCCGGCCAGCCAGGAGGCCAUGCUGCGGGUGCUGGACGCGGGGCUGGAGCGCUGCCUGGCGCUGCACUCGGCCGUGCAGUGCAUCCCCGUGCCCCGGCACAGGAAGCUCUCGGGCAAGGCGGGCAUUGAUGAGGUGAUGGCAGCCGCAGUGCUCACCAGCCUCUCCACCAGCCCGCUGGUGCUCGGGCACCCACCAGCCACUCAUGCCCCAGAGCCUGGCAGUGAGGUCUGGAAGGAGGCUCCUGCCAUGUCCUCCAGCUGCAGCAGCAGCAGCAACACCAGCGGGGACUGGAGCUGGGACCCCUCCAGUGACCGAUCCACCCCCUCCACCCCGUCACCCCCCCUCUCCAGCCACGUCCCCAGCACCUUCCUGCCCGGCCCACUGCCGGAUGAGGGCCCCGAUGAGCCCGACGGCACCCACUUCGUCUUUGGAGAGCCCACCCCACGGAAGAGGAAGAACUCCACCAAGGUGAUGUUCAAGUGCUUGUGGAAGAGCUGCGGCAAAGUCCUCAGCAGCUCCUCAGGGAUGCAGAAGCACAUCCGAACCAUGCACCUUGGCCGGAAAGCCGACCUGGAGCAGAGCGAUGGCGAGGAGGAUUUCUACUACACGGAGCUGGACGUGGACGUGGACGCGCUGACUGACGGGCUCUCCAGCCUCACUCCGGUCUCUCCCACCUCCUCGGUGCCUCCCGCCUUUCCCGGCCCCGAGGCUCCUCCACCACCAGUGCUGCCCAUCCUCGACCUGGCCCUGGCCUCCCCCUGCAGCCCCCCGGCCCCCCCUGGCCGCUGCCACGUC